CUCAGCACACACUGCGUGCGGCCGGCUUGCUGGGUGAUCACAUGGGUUUCUAGCUGCCUCCCCUCUUAGCUGCCGCUUGUCAGCAGCUGGUGGAGCUGGAGGCUGCAGGCCCGUCCGCAGAAACCCUCCUACUCCCGAUUAGUGGGGGGGCCCGCCUCUUCUGCUUUGCACCCUCCGACUAACUAAAUGGUUGUCCUCCGAAGCCCAAAGGCUGCCACAGCACCCGAGGAGCCCGCCUCUGACUAGGUCAUGUCUGCAUUUGAAGAAUUCAGUGAACAGAGUAUCUGCCAAGCUCGGGCGUCUGUGAUGGUCUAUGAUGAUACCAGUAAGAAAUGGAUACCAAUCAAACCUGGCCAGCAGGGAUUCAGCCGCAUCAACAUCUACCACAACACUGCCAGCAACACCUUCAGAGUCGUGGGAGUCAAGCUGCAAGACCAGCAGGUGGUGAUCAAUUACUCGAUUGUGAAAGGGCUGAAAUAUAAUCAGGCGACACCAACCUUCCACCAGUGGCGAGACGCCCGCCAGGUCUACGGCUUAAACUUUGCGAGUAAGGAAGAGGCCACCACAUUCUCCAACGCCAUGCUGUUUGCCCUGAACAUCAUGAACUCCCAGGAAGGAGGCCCCUCCGCCCAGCGACAGGUACAGAAUGGCCCCUCCCCAGAUGAGAUGGACAUCCAAAGAAGACAAGUGAUGGAGCAGCAGCAGCAGCAACGUCAAGAAUCCCUAGAGAGGAGGGUCUCCGCCUCAGGGCCCAUCCUCCCUCCUGGGCACCCAUCGUCAGCAGCCAGCGCAGCCCUCUCCAGCAGUGGGCCUCCACCCCCCCCCCCGCCACCUGUCCCACCCCCUCCCACGGGGACCACCCCCCCACCCCCGCCCCCACUGCCUGCAGGAGGAGCACAGGGGGCCAGCCAUGACGACAGCUCCGUGUCUGGACUGGCCGCUGCCCUGGCCGGGGCCAAACUGCGCAGAGUCCAGCGGCCAGAAGAUGCGUCUGGAGGCUCCAGUCCCAGCGGAACCUCAAAGACGGACCCCAACCGGGCGAGCAGUGGGGGUGGAGGGGGCGGCCUUAUGGAAGAAAUGAACAAGCUGCUGGCCAAGAGGAGAAAAGCAGCCUCCCAAACAGACAAGCCGGCUGAUAAAAAGGAAGAUGAAAACCAAACAGAAGAUCCCAGUACCUCCCCAUCACCAGGGACCCGAGCCGCCAGCCAGCCUCCUAACGCCUCAGAGGCUGGCCGGAAGCCCUGGGAGAGGAGCAGUUCGGUGGAAAAGCCAGUGUCUUCCGUACUGUCCAGAACCCCGUCUUUGGCAAAGAGCCCCCUCCAGUCACAGCCUCACUCUAGGAUGAAGCCAGCUGGGAGCGUGAAUGAUGUGGCCCUGGAUGCCUUAGAUUUUGACAGGAUGAAGCAGGAGAUCCUGGAGGAGGUGGUCCGAGAGCUGCACAGAGUAAAGGAGGAGAUCAUUGAGGCCAUCAGGCAAGAGCUGAGUGGGAUCAGCACCACAUAA